GGAGGCUGUUUUACCCAGUAUUCAGGCCGACGAGAAUAUGCCCUAUCUCCUGAACAGGAGCUGCGUGCGCAAGCGGUGUCGGGGGGCGAGGGAAGCAUGCGCGCUGCGGAUCUGUUUGCGCAGUGUCUCUGAAGCGGAACGGUCGGAGGAUUCGGAUAUUGGAAAGGGAGCAUCUCCAGAUCAAAAACAUUAAUCAAAUGUGACAUUGAGAUUUACCAGUCACUUGACUCAUCAGGACCCGAAGAUCAUCAGUCUUUGAAUAAAGAAGGGAGAGUUAUUUGCCUGCUCUGUUACUGGGAAAAGAUUUCAGAUAUCUGUGUGACUCAAAGCACCGAGACACUUACACCAGAGUGAGGAUGUUACAGUGCACUGACUGUGGAAAGAGCUGUAACCAGUUACCCAGUGUGCCAUAAAUCAGAGGAAGAGACUGUACAUUUGUUCCAUAUGUUUGAGAACCAUAAGAGCAUUUGAAACGGGAGCAGAAUUAGGCUAUUCAGCCCAUCGAGUCUGCUUCAGUAUUCAGUCAUGGCUGGUAUGUUUCUCAACCCCAUUCUCCUGCAUUGAUCCCCUUGCCAAUCAAGAACCUAUCUAUCUUUGUCUUAAGUGCACCUCAAUAACUUGGCCUCCACAGCUCUCUGCAGCAAUGGCUUCCACGGUGUAACCACUCGCUGGCAGAAGAAAUACCUUGUCAAUUCAGUUCGAAAGGGUAGUCCCUUGACUCUGAGGCUCUGCCCUCGGCUCCUAGUCUCUCCUCUAGUGGAAACAACUUCUCUACUUCCACUGUAUCCAGGAAUCCUAGUAUUCUGUAAGCUUCAAUAGAUCCCUCAUCCUUCUAGAAUCCAUCGACAAGGCUUUGACUGAUCAUCCAACCUGGCGAGGCACAAGGACACCCAUCCCAUAGCAAAGCCGUGGAUUUGUGAAGACUGUGGGAAAGGAUACAGUUACCCAUGCCAACUGGAAACCCAUCGGCGUAGUCACACCGGGGAGAGACCGUUCACUUGCCCAGUGUGUGGGAAGGGAUUCACCCAGUCAUGCACACUCCACAGACACCAGCGGGUUCACACAGGCGAGAGGCCAUUCCUCUGCCUGUACUGUGGAAAGCGAUUUAACGCCUCAUCAAAUCUGCUGACCCACCAGCGAGUUCACUCUGAUCACAGACCAUUUAAAUGUCCUGAAUGUGAGAAGAGCUUUAAGAGCAAGAAGAACCUCUUGAGACACCAGCGCAUGCACACAGGGGAGAGGCCAUUCACCUGCUCUGUGUGUGAGAAGGGAUUUAUUCUGACAACACACCUCCUUAGACACCAGCGCUUUCACACUGGGGAGAGGCCGUUCACCUGCUCGGAGUGUGGGCAGAGGUUCACUGUUGCAUCCGACCUGCUGACACACCAGCGCAUACACACUGGCGAAAGACCAUUUGUCUGCUCUGUUUGUGGGAAAGCAUUCACUCAUUUAUCCAGCCUAAACACACACCAACUAGUUCACAGUGACCAGAAACCCUUUCAAUGCCCCGACUGUGAAAAGAAAUUCAAAAGCAAAUGGAACCUGUUGUCCCACCGACGCAGUCACACUGGAGAGAGACCAUUCACCUGCGCCGUGUGUGGCAAGGGCUUUGCUCAGUCAAACAAACUACUGAGACAUCAGCAUAUUCACAGUCAGCAGGGCUUUGAUACUGCUGGUAUUGCUGAGGUUAAUCUAAUCCAGAACUGAACUGGGUUCAUUCUGAUAGUUGGAAAAUGUUCUUGUGUUUGUGCUGAAUUUAAUACCUUAACUAGAUUGUAACAUUCUGGAUAAGUGAAGUGAAACAAUUUCAUUUGAAGUACACUGCCAUGAUUUGUCUAUUCCUCCUGGAUGGAGCUCAAAAAGGAUAAUAGUAUAAAGGGAAAAUCCAGCAGAAGAUCUGAAAUAAAAAGUAAAAGUUUCUGAAGGAAUUCAGGUUUGGCAUCAUUCGAGAUUAGUUAACUCUUUAUGUUUCAAGUCUUCUUCGGACAGGACAGCUUGAGUGAAAGACUGUUUGGCUGGAAAAGAACUUUUGUCUGGAUACAAUCCUUCAAGGCCACAUCAAGAGAUACAAAUUACAUUUUGGUCCUCUCAUCACAGUUCAUUGACGGAAAUGGUUGUGUGUGGAUUAAACCUGGGAUGUGUGAGAAUUAUGGCCCAGCUCCUCUCUGCUGUGGUUCAGAAUUCAUAGACACAGAUCAGAAGGUUUCCUUACAACUGUGUUUAGAGUCCGAUGGAGAAUGCUAGGAAAGUGCAGUGAAAUCAGAGGUUCAUGUCAAACUGUGAUCUCUUCCUUACUGGAGGUUUAAAGGUUAACUUUUAAGUCUUAAAAUGAUUUAGUUAUCAUGAAGAUGUAACAUGUGUUUUGUGACACUCCCUAAUCUAUCAUUUGAAGCUACUUCAGCUGUUACCUAAUUUACAAUAAAUCUCUUUAAAAUACA